AUGUGGAAUCUAGCCGUAGUAGUGGUAACCUUUGGAGCUUUAUUCGCUCAUUGUGCGUUGGCGAGCGAGCUAUACUCGGAGCUGCUAGAUCUUCAGCCAUUACCACGAAAUAAAUUAUUGUCCAGUUUUCAGUUCAAUAGUAUUUCACAACCAAUUGAAAUAUCGUAUAUAAAUGAGUCUACUUUGGAAAAACAGACAUCAAAGCACAGUCACUAUAGUUUAUUUUCCAGUUCACUUGGCCCUGUUCUCGAAUCUACUAAUACGCGCGAUUUAUCCUUGAGAUUCACACAAGGCUGGUGGGACUCGCAGUCGUGGGGCAAACUCCCGUUUAAUGGAAGUCAUAGUGGGGGUACCGGAGUCGAAGUCGUGGCCAUCAUUGAAGCAUCGAACCACAUUUCUGCUAAACGUAAUUGGCAAAAAUUAACAAAAAUUUUAUCUGGAUUCUUUUGCGCAUCGCUCAAUUCGAUCGAUGAUAGUACAACAACUUAUCCAAAUUUCAUAACCAAUUUUAGUAGUAUUGAUGGCAAGACCAGUUAUAGACCCGUUGCUGGAAACAAAUUAUUUCUCUUUAGAGCAGCUUUGCCAAGUGAGCCCGUUUGCACGGAGAAUUUAACCCCUUUCUUAAAGCUACUUCCUACGCGAGGUAAAUCAGGAAUUUCCUCAUUGCUCGAUGGUCAUAAAGUAUUUGACUCUUUAUGGCAUGGCAUGUCCAUUGAUGUUCACACCAAAUGCGAUGAAACAAAUGAGUUGUGCAGAUUGGAGUUGCACCAGACGAUUAAUCAAGUGGUUGACGUGAUCCGUUCGAUUAGAAAACGCCAAGAGGGAGGUAUCCCGAAACCGACACCAGGAGAUAAAUUGAGAUGCGAUUCAACGAAAACAAAUAACAUUUGGCAAUGUUUCCCAUUGGGUGAGGCAGCAGAACAGGAAUGGAGUUUGGAAACUCUUUACGGACGUAAGAUUAAAGGACCGGCUUUCCAGGAUGACAAAGAUGUGACUAGGGUCUCCAUAAAAGUUGAACCAACAGUUUGGAAUAUCACCAUGCACCGAGAAAGCGCUGACUCGAGGAUCUCUAACACUUUAAACGGUGACGGUAAGGGUUGGAUUUUAGAAACCAUUGAUCUGCCAUUUUUGUACGAUUUCAAAUUUCAGACUUCAAAUAGUUCAAUUGUUAGACCAAUUGAACAACCACUGUUGCAAGUGGCUAGAUCAUUGACAGGUUAUUCGUUGGACAAGGGAGGGUUGCGUGUUGCUUUUACUAAUACAUCUAAACAGCCAGUUCGAUUUAUUUAUUUUGAAUCCUUGCCUUGGUUCAUGAGAUUGUACAUGAGUACCAUGAAGCUCUCUUUAAAUAAAAUGGAAACAAAAAAUACCGCAGAAUUUAUCAAGGACUUUUAUUAUAGGCCAUCAGCUGACCGGAGCAGACCUUCCCAUCUUGAAAUGUUGAUUGAGGUACCUGCAUUGCUGACUUUGGCCAUGACCUAUGAUUUCGACAAGUCUUUAUUAUUGUAUCGAGAAUAUCCACCUGAUGCAAAUCAUGGUUUCGAUGUUGAGCCAGCGAUCAUAAUUGUUAUCAAGGAGGAUUGGGAGGAAAGAGAAAGCGAAAACUAUAGAUCAAAUGAAAGAGCAAAGAAGAUGUAUGAAUUUAGAACCACGAGUCUCUUGUUGACACUUCCAACCCCUGACUUUUCUAUGCCUUACAAUGUGAUCAUAUUAACCUGUACUGUGAUGUCACUUGCUUUCGGAAUCGUGUUCAACUUGAUAACGAAAAAGACAGUCACCGAAGAAGAGUUUGAGAGGGCAGCGAAGGAUACAGGAUUAGGUAAGCUCAAGUCGUUUAUCCAACUAAAGGUGUUGCGCAAGAGUAAAAUAGACUAA